GUUAUUAGUUUCAAAAGCAUUUUCUUAUCAAUAACAUCAAGCUAUAAACGCGGAAGAAUUUUUAAAAAAUUGCUCACUUGAAGAAAACAUUGGAAUUGAUGGAAACAGUCGAACGCGUUAUGAUUAAUUUCCAAUAAUUGGGCAAAAUAAAUAAAUUUAUUUAUUUAUAAAAAUAACGAAAAAUAAAAUAUAAAUUAUAUCUGUAAAUCAUUCCCAUUAUAUUAUUAAAAACGACAUGGAAACAUUAAAGGAAAGUAAUGAACAUAUCCGCAACGAUUCAAAUGAAACCCCAAAUGAAAAAUUACUUUCCCAUGAUGAUAUACUUUCUAGCAACAGAAAACUUCAUUUAUUCGAAGAGACAAUUACAUUUUCUGAAGCUUUGGAGAAAACAAAAUAUGGUCGAUUUAAUUAUUUGAUCAUAAUGGUCACAGGUAUGGCAUGGGCCAAUGUCCUAAUGGAUACAUGCUCGGUGGCCUUUUAUAUGACAGUAGCCAGCUGCGAUCUCCAACUGACAAAUUAUCGCAAAAGUCUGCUUAGUGGUAUUGGAUUUGUGGGUAUAAUCCUAAGUUCACAGCUGUGGGGAUUUCUAGCAGACACUAAAGGUCGAAGGAGUGUCAUUUGGCCAUCAUUAGUAGCUGGAUUUGUGGUUACGUUAAUUUCCAGUUUUUCCAAUAAUUUUUGGGUGAUACUUGUGUUAAGACUUUUCAAUGGUGUUUUUGUCUGCUGUUCCUCAGCCACAGUCUAUGCUUAUUCCAGUGAAUUUUUCACCGAAAAAACUCGUUCUAAAUCCAUAAUGAUCUCAUCGUUUAUAUUUUCCUUUGUUGGCAUGAUUUUGCCCUUCUUAGCAUUUGCUAUUAUAAAUGGCGAAUGGAGUAUAGUCAUACCAGCGCUUGGGCUAAUUUACAAACCCUGGCGUUUAUUUGUUAUCGUGUGUGGUAUAACGGGCCUUGUUUGUGGCAUUAUUAUAUACUUUUUGCCAGAAAGUCCGAAAUUUUUGCUAUCCAUAUAUAAGGAAGAGGAGGCGAAAGAGGUUUUGCAAAAAAUUUACCGCAUUAAUGGUGGGAAAGAUGAACUAAAGCUCCCUCAUAUCAUUCUUGAAGAGGAUAGCACCGACAUUUCUACCCCUCAAAAGAAUGACUCCAGUAAUAUGCAACAAUUUUUUACAUCAAUGUGGGAACAAACCGUCACUCUAUUCCGAAAGAAAUAUAUUCUCUCCACUGUAGUAGUUUCUGCGACACAAUUCUGGCUUUAUGCAAUUGGCACAGGACUGUAUAUGUGGUUUCCACAUUUCAUCAAUGCAAUGGGGGAAUUUAUGAAAAACAAUCCCAAUGAGAAAGGAUUUCUAUGCGAUAUAAUUCAUGAGAAGGAUUUAAGUUUGAAUGCUAAAAAUAAUAAUCAGACUACCUUGGAUUGUCCGGAUAAAUUGGAAAAUAUUACAUUUGCCUAUGCAGUGCUGAUGGAUAUUUUAUAUCUCAUAUCCUUUGCCAUUUUAACAUUUUUAGUGAAUCGUAUCAAUAAAAAUUUUAUUAUGUUCAUUGUUAUUUUAUUCUGUAGUGGCUGUGGCUUGGUAGCAAUUUGGACUUCUAAUGUAUCAAUAUCGGCCAUUCUAUAUGUGAUAUUUUUUGUGGUGGCUAUUGGCAUUAAUAUCCUGGGAGCUAUAACAGUCGAUUUGUAUCCCACUCAAUUGAGAGGAAUGGCAAUGUGUGUUUCUUUGAUGAUUGGUCGUCUUGGCAGUGUGAUAGGAACCUAUAUAGUUGGAGUUUUAAUAGCCAACAAUUGUGAAUUGACAUUUUACAUACCUUGCUGUGCCAUGAUGAUUUGUGGUUUUCUAAUUUUGCUUUUGCCACGGCCUAUUACAGUGACCAAUCAAGAUAAAACCUAAAAACUUAAAUAAUAAACCAUGUACUCAAUUUUUGUAUACGAAA